GUAAAAUGAUUAUCAUUUACAGUCAUUCAUAAGUCAUCCACACAUGAUCCAUCAGUCAUGUUUGUUAGUAUGAUUUUAUUUUCUUUGUCAAUUUAUUAUUACGUUUUAUGUUCCAUUGCUCGUGGCUGGGCAGUGCGUCCGCCAGACGAGACAGUAUAUGCGCCUGACGUUCAUAACAGAUUGCGAUGGCUAUGAUGCACUGCAAGCUGCGUUGGUCAAUUCAGUGACGGUUAGCGUCGUUGUGUUUGGUAGGGAUGUUCGAGGGUUGAAGACUUGUGUUGUUUUAGGUUACUAGUGCGUGAUAUAUGGUUUCUUCGAAGUUGAGGAGUUAAGAAAGAGUAAUGAUUUAAAACUUCGGAGGUAGUGAACGAUAAAUAUUUAAUUUCCGGUGUUACAACUCAUUAACCUUCAUUGGUUGGUAACCGGGCGGAGUCUUGGAAGCAACAAGUGACAAACAACGGUAGGAAAUGGGGUGUGCUGUAAGUACAGCGGUAGAAAAAGAAGCUGCGGAGAGGUCGAAAAAGAUUGAUAAAGAUUUAAGAGCAGAUGGAGAACGAGCGUCGAAGGAAGUUAAAUUAUUAUUAUUGGGGGCAGGAGAGUCUGGGAAAAGCACAAUUGUUAAACAAAUGAAGAUAAUUCAUGAGACUGGUUACUCCAAAGAAGAGUGUGAACAGUAUCGGCCAGUGGUAUUUAGUAACACAAUUCAGAGCCUCAUGGCAAUUAUUCGUGCGAUGGGACAGUUAAGAAUUGAUUUUGCAGAUCCUGGCAGAGCUGAUCAUGCUCGCCAGUUCUUUACAUUAGCCAGUGGUGCAGAAGAAGGCGAGCUUACUCCUGAUCUUGUGAUGCUAAUGAAAUGGCUUUGGAAGGAUGCUGGUGUGCAGCAGUGUUUUGCACGUUCUCGAGAGUAUCAGCUAAACGACUCUGCUGCGUACUAUUUAAAUGCCUUGGACAGAAUCUCUAUGCCCAAUUAUGUGCCCACCCAGCAAGAUGUGUUGCGUACCCGAGUGAAGACUACCGGUAUCGUGGAAACCCACUUUACCUUUAAAGCACUCCAUUUCAAGAUGUUCGAUGUUGGUGGACAAAGAUCUGAAAGGAAGAAAUGGAUACAUUGUUUUGAAGGUGUUACUGCCAUUAUUUUCUGUGUUGCCCUUUCUGGGUAUGAUCUUGUUUUGGCUGAAGAUGAAGAAAUGAAUAGAAUGAUUGAAUCUAUGAAAUUGUUUGAUUCUAUCUGUAAUAGCAAGUGGUUUGUUGAAACAUCAAUUAUUCUAUUUUUAAAUAAGAAAGAUUUGUUUGAAGAGAAAAUAGAAAAGAGUCCUCUAACAAUUUGCUUCCCGGAAUAUUCAGGUUCCAAUACAUACUUGGAAGCUGCUGCCUACAUCCAGAUGCAGUUUGAAAACUUGAACAAAAGGAAAGAUCAGAAAGAAAUUUAUACACAUUUUACAUGUGCAACAGAUACUAGCAACAUUCAAUUUGUGUUUGAUGCAGUCACAGAUGUUAUCAUCAAGAACAAUCUGAAGGAUUGCGGUUUGUUCUGAAUACAUUUUGAGUAUGGAUGCUGUGCUUACAUGUUGCAAUUUGUCCUUUAUGAAUGCUGUUCAUAAACUGAACAAAUGUGCUCAAGAAAUCAUAACUUCUUAAUGUGUUAAUUAUGAAAACUAAAGGACAACUUGCAUAUUACAUUGGCAGGUGAAUUUUGUAAAAGAUUUGCAUUGCACAUGUGGAUUAUAAUGAUAUUUGACAACUUCCUCCAUGUAACAUGGAAUUACUGACACUGUUACUAUCAAUGUCACUGGUAUUUGUAGAAAAGAGAUAGUAAUCUUCAAAGUGUCUGACAAAUUCCCCUUAAGUUGUCUUACGACUAAUAUGUAGACUUGGACAUUAUAUACACAAGAUGACUUUUUUAAAAGUAUUUUAUAAUUUGCCUUGUUUUAUGAUUCACCAAAGACUGGAAGUGAGAGGAAAAGGCUCUGUUUAUACAAAAUUGGUAUAAUGGUAUCUCUGGGUCCACAGGGUAACCAGUAUUUCUUCUUAUCUAACAAAGCCAAUGAAAAUUUUGCUAUAUUUGAAAAGUUUAUACAUGUACCUUGUGGAAUAAGACAGACAAUAAAAUUCUCCCUAAAAGUUUGCAAUUUUAAGAGCUAAUCAGAUUUAUUUUUAAAAUUCGAUGAGUAGAACAUAUUUAUCUGAAAGUUCCACCUUCUUUGACUAUAAUUUGUGAUAAAAUAAAAAAAUAUCUCAUUGUCCUUCCCCAAAAGUGUCAACGAAUGCUUGAUGAUGAAGCGCUUCCAAGAAACAACUAUGCUGUAAAUCUUGUCAAAAAGUAGGCGAUAUACUUCCAUUUAAUUUAUUAUUUUGUUAUUUUCAUUUGAGGUGACUCAAGAUACUGGCAUCAAUAUAUACAAAAAUGUUUCAUUUUCCAGAAAGUGAUGUAGAUCUGUUGUUGAUAGUUUUUCAGGCAAUAUCUUACUAAAGAUGUAUAUUGAAAUGAUUUUCAUGAUAGCUAGAAGGAAAUAUUUAAUGGUUUUAGUGGAUUCAUAAAAUAUGGGGGGUCUUGUAAUGACAGUUGUUAAGAUUAAUCAACACCUAACUUUCUGCUUCUUUUUCUUUUAGUUUUUCUUUCUUUUGUCGCCUGUAACCAAUUCAUUUUUCAUUUGUGUACACGGCCCUUUAUUAUUCUUUUACUUUCAAAUUAUGUAACUACAAAGCUGAAUUUUUUUGACUAUUUAAAGAACGUGAGUGUAUGAGAACAACAUUGGUGAUGACCAACACAAAAUUAUUAUUGAGAUGUCUGUCUCUCUCUAGCUUAUCUUUGGUGAUACAUCUUUGCGUAGCAAGUAUGUAUUUGAGUACAGAAAAACAUGCUGCACAUUUGUUGUUUAUAUCGUUGAAGAACUUUUUUUUUUUCUAAUAAUGAAAAGGAAGAGAUAUAUUGCACACAGCAUCCAUUCUCAUCAGAGUAAUGAUACUGUUAAUUAUUAUCUUCUGUCUUGAAAAUGAAAAAAUUGCAGUAGUAUAGUGUUGUCUGCAAAUGUUUCUGCAUGCUUUUUAAUUCGUGUCCUAUCAUUGUGAAAAUGUUUUGUGUAAUGCAGAUUUGGUAUCUAACAUAAAGUGCAUUGUGGGGUUGCUUGUGUACAGUAUGCCACCCUUCAAUGACAUUAACAUGACGAGUCAAAUAAAUAUAUUCAAUUUUUAUAUAUAAUAUAUAUAUAUAUAGUAUAUAUACAUGUAUACACGUACAGAAAGGGUCAGAUUAUUACUGUAUAUUUACAGCGCUUGUAGAUUAAUGUAUCUAAUUCCUUGAAUUAAGUUGGAAUAUCAUUUGUUAAUGGUAGGAAAUUAUUGAGCAUUUAACCCUUUUUUUUUCUUUCUUUUUUUUUUUUUAACUGCAGAACCAAGAAAUCAUGACACAUAUCCACAAGAGAGCCACAGGCGCAGCAAUUGCUCCUGCUGCUCUUCUUGUGUUUAUCCCCUUACUCAUCCUUCCCUUUGCUUCAAAUUAAUGUUUUAAUGCUGCAUGUAAUUUGAUUCAAUUUUUUGUGUAGUUUAAACUAAUAAUAUUCUUUCUGUUUAAGAAAUGCAUCUUGAGACUCAUUUUAAUGUUCGUUCAUGACUUACGUUUUUAGACUGAUAUUUAAAUUAAUUUUGGCUUUGGGAGAACAUUUGUCCGUUUUGAAAAAUCACAAAUAUUUUACCAGUGAGCAUGCUUUCCUGAUCUGCUGAUUUCUGCAUUUAUAAUCUUGAGAUAUUCUCAACAAUUUUGAACUUUUAUCAGUUGUAUAUUAUUCAUGUCACAGUUGUGUUUUUGAUUUCUUUGUAUUAUGUUACAGUUGACAUAUUAAUUGAAUUAAGAGUUCAUUUCAUUGUCUUUUGUUCAUUCUGUCAUGUCAUGCAAACAAUUAUGAGAAAUAGUGUCUGCAUUCCAUAUUUUAUUGGGACGUGUAUAUGUGUAUUCUACACUUUUUAUAUAUUUAUUUUCUUAAUUACAUUUUUUAUAGUCCUUUUGUUCUUUUUCAACCUAAAACAUACAAUGUGUAUAUGUACUAUUGGUUUCCCUAGUCUGUGGACUGAAUAUGUGUGAGAGGAGAGAGACAGAAUGUGUAUGUGUGUGUGAUUGCAUGCAGAUGUGUGUCUACUUUGUUUCUUAUUUGGGACCAUCUUGUCAGAUUCAAAAAUAUUGUUUAAACAGUGGUAUUCCGCUAGUAUUCUUACAAAUGGGAGAAUCUAAUUAUAGAUUGUCAAGAAAUAAUCGAGAUCUGGUGCAAGUUUACUUUUGUGGGAAAUAGGGGGAGGGGAAAUGCUAAGAUCUGGUUUGUGUUGUAGUUACAAUACAGGAAACAAAAUUCCAUCCAAAUAAUGAAUGUAUUAUGUUUGACAUUUGUUGUUUGCUGACCUGGGAUAACUGUUCAAUUUUCCAUUUCUUGGAUCAUUUAAGUUUGUAUUAAAAAAAAAAAGUGUGCAUAUAUUGUUUGUGAUAAUUGUACUACUACAUUGUCAAUUCUUUGUCUUUCUGAUAAAGGCUAAACUAAUUAUAUAGUUUCCAUUGUAGUAGCAUAAACGCACAGUAAAACGAUAGUUAUAUAAUUGAUUAACAUAAAAAUAAAAUUUUCUGCUGUGAGGUGAGCAGAGGGAAGGAUGAGAGGCCUUAUACUUCUUUAUGUAAUUUUUAUUGUCAUGGAGAAAAUGGAAUUGCUAGUAAUAGAAAGUGAAUAUAUUGCAGGAUCAAAAGAAAUAUUCAUGUGAUAUUGCGGUAGUGGAACUAUAUAUUUAUAUCUUAUAAUUUGAAGGUUUACAUUUCUUGUAUCAUGUGUUCACCUUGAUGCCUUACUGGAAGCGGUCAUGAGUGACUGCCUUUGGAUGUACCUAAUUGACAGUUCUUUUGCGUGAGAUUGUGUCGAAGUGUGGAAUUGAUAUAGAUUUUCUUGCUAACAUUCAAGAUUCUCAGUAUGUGUUCAAAUGCUCCUUAUGUAUAGAUAUUAAUGCUAGACUUUCUAUGGGCUGCCAAAUUUGUUCUAUUUUAUAUGUUAUAUGCAGGAAAGAAAAUUUAUAUUUGCUAUUGUCUUUCGCUGGUUGUAUACUGUUACGCUUUAGAAGUUGUGAAUUGUAUGUACAUUGUGUUAAGUCUGAAGAUGUAUUAACCUACGCUGUUACAAAUUUCAUGACAUAGUGUGAAUGUUAAAUUGAUGGGCUUUGGUGAAUAUUCUUCUCUUGGAGUAGUCAUUAAGAGUAAUUGUUUAUUGGGCACUGUGGAACCAUACAUUAGCAAUAAUGUGAUUAAUUUGCAUUUCCCAAUAUGACAUUUACUCUUUGAUCCUGUAUUGCUGUCUUCCUAGUGAUUCAGAUGAGUCUAAUCUACUGUAAAAUUCUUGCCUUUGAUUAAGCAUGAUUUAUUUUGUAAUUUAUUUUUAAAUAUGGUUCUUACGUUGAUACAAUUUUCAGAGUUUUGACAAUAUUACCAUUACCAAUGUUUAAUUUUGCUGCUUACACAGUUGGAAUUUACUGUAUUGUAUUCAGCACCCAAAGGAUAUCUUUUGCAGUGACUUUAAAUUUUAUUGUAAUUAAGAGAUAAGAUUUAUUUAAAAUGCUUGCCACACCAUGUUUCAAGUCUGAAUUAAAAUGUUGAAAAACCUGUUCAUUUUCAAAGAAUACCUUAUUUGCUUGCAUAUGACAAUCAGAUCAAACUAUCAUUAACAAAAUUGAGUGCAAAAUAGUUAUUCAAUUUGGAAUACUGCUUUUAAGAUGCCUGGGUCUUCUUUUGUUCUGUUUCAAUUUAUGUGCCUUUUUUGAAUGGAGUGGUGUGAUAAGGGGUCAUUUAAUCGUCCUUACUACAGUUUUCUCGGUUUUGAUUGUUGAUUAAUGAUGUAUAUGAGCAUAUAAGGUAUGAAUACUAAAAUUGAGUUAUAAGCUGUUAUCCUCUUGAUAAAACAGUUCAUGUCAUUUAUGUCUAAGGCACAGCUAAUGCUUCCAUGUACUGUUAUAAUGGUGUUGGAUCAUUAAAAUGAGUGUGUAAAAUGUUUCAUGAGCAAUGAAGGAACUGUAAAUAUCCUUUGGGUAAUUAAGCAAAAUAUCCAUUGUUUAUUGUAGGAUCUUCAAUUUUGUUUGGUAAAUUCAACUUGACAAAUAUGACAUGCAUUUAAACAUCACAUGCUAUUUUUUUAUAUUCAAUAUUUAUAUAAUUGUCUCAAAUAAAUCAGUAUUUUAAUAUUUUGUUUCCUACUUAAGUACUGCCAGUGUUAUACAGCUUUCUUUUGUCUUGGGAUUCUAUAUAGAAGAGUUUGAUUGUUGUCUCAUAGUGGAUACAGUUGUGUGUAUACUUAAAGUGUGUGACUAACACAGGCAUCAAUUAUGCAUUUUUCUUUGCUACGGAAAUUGUGCCUUCGCUGGAUAGGUAAGAUCAUUGAAUUAAGUAUUUUAUGAAAUGAUCUCUUUGGAGAAAAUAGUGCCAUAAAAUAUGAAGCUUUAAAUAUUAAGUUUCCAAGAGUAUCAUUUCUAUUCAGUGCCUUGCCAUUUGUUUGGAUUGUGUGUGCGCAAGCUCUUUGACAAUAUGACUAAUAUUUAUAGUCAGGUAUUGUAUGAUUGUGUAAUGCAUCAUAAUGAAUCUAUUAUCUAUUAAUAUAUUUUUAGAUAUUUAUUGUAUUUGGAAAUGCAGUCAUGUCAAUAGAUUUAUAUGUAAGCCUUGUGUAAACAUUUUGGUAACAGAUGUAUUUCUUCUGUAUCUGUGUAGAAAGGGGGCAAAUGUAUUCAAAAUACUGUAUUAGGUGAGCUAUAGCAAAUGCUGCCUGCAAAAAAAAGCCAUUAUUGUGAAUACAACUGAUAGUAAAUAUAUCUAUUUCUUUUCUCUAUGUUAUUUCUGCAUUUUAAAUUUCUUCCCAUCCUUUAUAGGCCUAAGAUCACCGAUCAUUAAAGAUAGUCUGUAGUGCAGCAGCGUAAGUUCGAUAGGGACUGACACGGGGCCCUGUGCUGAUCCCCAAAUUCAAAAUUAAAUAAGUAUUUUAUCUACAACCGUGUCUAAUAAAAUCAUAGUAAAUUUAAACGAAGCGCCGUGUUUUAUUUUCUUACAUAUACUUUGUAAGAAGAGAAAGGUCUGUAGUUGUGCGUCGGAAAACUGUGAAUUUUGGCAGAAAAACUCUUACUGCCAAGCCCUGGUAAUUGAUAUAUUGUGUUGGCAUAUAUAAACCGUUCAGCCGAUUUUCUUCAAAAUUGAUAUUCCCCAUUUGAUCUGGGGAUUCGAGACUUUCAACUGGAUAUUUUGAUUUUUAAGGCUACUUCACAUGAAUCCUCAAAAAAAAUUUCAAAAAUCAAAAAUGGCCCUCUGUUGUUUAAACUUUGUCCCUGAAGAGCGUAAAAAAUGCUUAACUGUAGGUCUUAUGGUUGUUAAAAUCCUAGAUUUUUGAAAAUUGUAAAAGUGCAAUUUGUUUUGGGUGUCUUGCUACAACUAUAAUAUUGAAGGUAAAG